GAAGAAAUUCAGGAUAUAACGCAAUAUAUACAAAAUAUAAAACUCUAACUGGAACAAUGAAUUUUUCAAAAAACAUGCGUUCUUUGAUAUUAUAUUCUGGAAUGAUCGGUGCUUAUCUUGAAGAUAAUUCAAAUAAUUCUAAUACUUGGCUUAAUAAUACUUUAAUUCAUGCCACAAAUUAG